GAGCUCCUUUAUAAAAAGGUACAAGUAAUUUUUUACCAUUAAAAAUUACAAAUCCAAAAACAGUUGAAAAUAAACGCAAACAACAUAAAUAAAUAAAGAAAAUGCCAAUAAACUGUGUCGAAAUUCUGGAGCUCUUUCACAAAUUCUGGGCAAAACCCUCCCUUAAACCCUUCAAUUAUAUCUAAAAUUUCCAUCUUUUCGGCAAAAUUGACGAACUUUCUAACUCAAAUUCUAAAUUAAAGUAGAAAAAAGAGAGGAAAAUGGAGUCAAUUAUGAAGGAUGAAGUUGGGGAAAGCUCUUCAAAUUCAAGGUUAUCGAGCGACAACAAUGGCGAUAAUAAGGCAGUCGUUGUUAGGGUUAAGCGCAAGCUUGAUCAAUCUCCUCUUGAAGCUUUCUGGCUGGAAAUUAAUGAGAGACCUGUAAAAAGACCGUUAAUCGAUUUUCAGAAGUUAUCGAUUUCUGAUUCUUCUUCUCAAGAGGAAUUGCAGAUCAAAAGGGUCCUUGUUGAACAUGUCGAAACUGUUAGCAGUGCUAAAGCUAGCAUUCACUUUCUGCAAUCCUUUGUGCCACCUACUCCUGAUGGCGAUUCCAAGUUUAAAGCUAGCACUAAAGAGAGAAGGCGCACUCUCCAGAAAGAGAAUAAGCAUGACCAGCUAUUGUCCAAAGCAAAGCAAGAACAAGAGGAAAUAGCAAGAAGUGCACGUUUUGAACAAAUAUGGAAGCAUAGAACACACAAUAAAAAGGCUAUCCAUGAUGAGGCUUUGGAUGAAGUAUGUCGUGUCUAUGAUGUUCUUCGUGUUGACAAGACAGAGGAGACCUCUAAAAUGAUAAAUAAACAGGAAAAAAUCUCUGUGGAAGAGCAGGAGAUCCUCAGUAAAUUUUUACCUCUAUUAAGAGAGUGUGUUCCUGGUGCUGCUGAAGAGAUCGAAUCUGACAUUGUUUCUUAUGCUUCCAGACAUGAUUCAGCUGAGGAAUACGUGUACGACCUGUAUACAGUCAAGGAACAUAUUGAUGAAACAGAGGCAUCUUAUCCCUUUCCUUUGGUCCAAGUUGAUGAUGAUGAUGAUCACUAUGAUGGUCCUGAUUAUUCGGACUAUGAAACUGAUGAUUCCAAUGCUGAGGAUCAUCCAGCUAACGAUUAUCCUGAAGAGGAGUCUUCAGACGAGGAGGAGAAGAGUUCAAAAUCUGGUAGUGAGUCAGAAGAGGAAAGCGAAGCUGAGAGUGAUAUAUGGGAAAAAUCUGAGGACUCGAUGGGAUUUGACCGAUCAGAAGAUCCACUAUAUGAAGAUGAAAUGAACGAAUCCCAUGACAACGCUGACUCUCAUGAUGAUGGUGAUGAUGAGGACUGGAGAUGGGGACAUCGUUGAGUUGUUGGCUUAUACUACCUAUUACUAACUAUAUAUUCUCAACGUGUACUUGUAGAAGAUAAAUGACACGCUUAUAAAUUUAUUA